GCUCGACCGGCAACCGGCGCAGUCCGUUUUAAGCCUUCUUUUCGACGAGAGUUCGAGCGUUCAUUUGGUAGUAGUGUUCGGUAAAACAGUUUGGUCGCAUCAAACUUUGUAGAUAAGAAAAAGUUAAGCUAGUGAACAGUAGUGCGCGCGCGCACGCACACACACACGCAGUACGCACUAUAUAUAAAUAAAAACACGAUAAAUGAACGACGAACGAGCCGAAGAAUUUUCGUUGGAAAAUUGUGUUAAACCGUUUGAUAUUAUCAAGCAAAGCCGAGUUUUAUAUAAUUCAAUUCUACUUUAAAGUGAAUUUUACUAUAUUACGCGUAUAUAUACUCUUUCUAUAUAUUAUAUAUGUAUAUAUAUAUGUAUAUGUAUAUAUAUAUCUUUCUCUCUAUCUUUGUCUCUCAUCAUCUUUAAGAGAUUAAGUUGAAAUUAAAUCGUUCAUAAGUACCGUGCUCGCAUCGUAUCACAUAUUUUUGUCUCUUUCUCUUUUCUCUCUCUCUCUCUCACUCUCUAUUUCUCUCUCUCUCUCUUUCUCCCUCUUUCUUUUUCUCCUUCCCUCUUGCUCUCUCUCUUUCUCUCUCCUUUCCCCAUUUUCAUAUCUACGUAUAAGUGUAUAACCGUACGUAAAGGGCGAUCAUAAAUGUUUCAUCGAAUUGCCGAGAGACUCGUCGUCUUCACGCCGGUACUCCGCCAUUGGAAAAGAAAGUUGGUCUUCGUGAUUACAUGAGUGUCCGCUACGGAAGCAAGGGAUUCGCGAACCCUUCCAUGUUGGAGUUCUUUGGAAAGGACGAAAGGAUAUAGGGUCUUCGUAGUGAUUUCUUUCGUAUCACGCAAGAUUUUACACGAAAGUUCGUGCUGGCUUGAGAAAGAAAAAAAAAACAAAAUGAAAAAUAGGAAGAAAAGAAACAAUUAUAGAAAUAUGUUCACAUGGAAUAUGGUUCAUAUGAAGGAAAGAGAGCGUUCGUGAGAACACAGUAAACGGUAUACUUCCGACAGAAGAUUGCACAAUUUGCAAAGAUACGAAAGACGAGCGUAAGGAAUCCGAGGGUACAUCGUUGCUUUGCGCAUUAAAACCGCGUAAACGUAAGGAACGUCGAGAAUCCUGUUGUCAAGAACGGAAAUUGAUAAGAAGUAGUAGCGAAGAACGUGUUCUUGAUACUUCUAACGAUACAGCGGAUACGAUAAGACGCGUUAGUAGUCACGAAGAUUUCAAUAGCGAACAACAUUUGCACAUAUUGUCUCAACUUGGACAAGACAUGGGUCAUGGAGUGAGAUGCGGGGGUUUACCUCUGCACGAAAGAACAAAUGUAUCGCCUGUAUCGAAAAAACCAUCUCCGGUACCAUCGCCGUGUGAAGCAGUGUUGGCAACUGAAAGAUUUGAAUGCGAUGCAGAACGUUUGAGGAACAGUGAACGAUUUAGCAGAAGUAUUACUCCCAGAGGAAGAAGACAGGCUCGUAGAAGAAGAAUUCACAGAGUACCGGAUAGCGAUCAAAGCUCAAGCAAGGAAAAUGAAGAACACGAGAGUAUUUAUACUGUAUCUCCAAGUCCAAAUGAUCAUAAUGGAUCACCGGCACAAAGUUUUCUUGAAAUGUUAAGCAGUGGACCUAGCAGAUCUCCGUCACCAGCUCGACCACCAACAGUUGAUCACGAAGAUGGAAAUAAUCCUAGUCUGACAAAUUGGGGUUUUCAACAUCGGCAAGGCAAUGAAGAAGUUUCUGAUGCGAGAGUAGAAGCGAUGCUAUCACCUAGAAAUUCUCUAUUGGUGCCGAGGAGAUUCUAUUCGGAAAAUGAUACACAACAAAGUGCACCAAAUAUUUCAGAGAUAGGUCUAAAAAAUUUAACGAAACAUAUUAAUGGUUUGAAAAAAAAAAUUAAAAAAUACGAGGAUGAAUUCGAAGAGAAUUUUGGUUAUCGUCCAAGUCAUUCGGACAAAAUGAGUAACCGCGAUAUUAAAAGAUUAUGUACAGAAUUAAAUAAACUAAGAAAAGAACAUAAAAUGUUAAAAGAGGAUCCAAUCGGUGCACUGAUAGCUAACGCUAAUAAUAAAUUAAAUACUGUUGGCAGUCCAACCAAUAAUAAUAACAGUCAAGAAAAAUCAAGAACCACAUCGAUGGAAGAAAUGGUUAAAGAAGUCGAAAAGAAACUUAGCGAGAAACGAUUGAAAUACAAUCGACCGGAUAAUAUGGAAGAAUUAACGUAUGAACAAUUAUUUGAUGAAAAAACAGCGGUACAAAAGGCAUUGCUUCAUAUUGAAAAUACUUUUGGUAGGCCAGUUUCCAAAGAUGACAGAUGUAUCGUGAGACCAUUGUAUGAUAGAUACAGAACUUUGAAGAGAUUACUUAUUAGAGCAGGCGCGAGUAAGAAUAAAGAUAGUAUUUCGGAACUAGCUACCAUAUUAGAACACGAAGCAAUGGAUUUUACUUCAUCUACUUUGCCUACCAAUUCCACGGAUGCAGAAAGAAGAGCCAGUGAACCAGAUAUGUCUCAUAGAGGCAUAUUAGAUUGUAUUGAUACAGUAGAUCAACUUCCAACUGAUAGCGAUAGUCAACACAGCAGUAGUGAAGGAAGUCGUAGCGCUGGAGAAAGUCUUCAUGCAAUGCCACAAGAAGAAUUAUUCGUUCAACAAAGGAUCACUAGAGAAGAAAAAAAACGACUUCGUAGAGCUUUAAAGGAAUUAGAAGCACAAUUUGAAGCUCGGGCAGGACGUCGUAUGCAAAGAGAAGAUCGUGGCCCACAGGUUACGACUGUUUAUGAAUCUUACAAACAAGCAAAGGCAAGACUUAGACUGAUCGAGGCUCUUUUGGCAAAGAAUGCUUGAUUCGAUAAUAAAUUUUUAAAUCAAACAGAUAUGGUAUGUAACAAUCGAAGCACGUAAAAUGACAGACGAAUUACUUGCUGUAUUUGAUAACAGAAUUCAAUUGAUAAUAUCGAUACCUAAGAUUGAAAUUGAAGGCCUGCAAAAGAUUAUUAGAAAAAGCAUCCCAUUAAACCAACAGAAUAGCAUGUAUGUAUGAUCUAAAUAUAUACAAAUCAAAAUGCUUUUAUGAGAAAAUAAAGAUAAAGGAAUACAUCUUAUAAAACUAGGGAGUCCUAUUAACUUUCACAAGUCUGUGCGUUCUAAUAAUUAUUUUUAAGUACCUCUUUGUUUUUGCUCUCUUAUAGGCUUAUAAUUAUCAGUCAAAUUUGUUAAAUCAUUUUUUCCUUUAUAAAGUUAUUCUUUAUUUUGUAAUAUUGUAAUACAAAUUAUUGAUUCAUUUUUUGGUUAAUAUUUUUGUCUGAGAAUCCUCAAGAACAUAUGUUCUGCAAUAGUGUAUAUAUAUGAAAUAAAUAUAUUGUCAACAAGAAAAAAAAGAAAGUAAGAACAAAGAUGGUGAACAAAUUUUUUGAAUAUAAUUAUAUCAGUGGCCUAUGUAAAGUUAUUAUGAAAUUUGUGUCUAUAGUAAAUAUCAUUUAUCAUUAUAUGAGUUUUUAAAAGAAUCACCAGUGAUAGUAUUUUCUUUUACUUCAAAUGGAAGUUAGAUAUUUGUACUUUUACUGUCAUGAUAAUAUUAUUAAUACAUACAUACUUUUUAUCAUAAUCUAUUUAUUUGUAUUUAAGCUUUAGGUACUAUUUUGGGAAUGCAAGAAUAAUAUAAGGAAAAGGCAAAUGCCUAAAAUAUUGUUAUACACAU